ACAAACAGUAGGUAGGGAAGGAGGGUUUCUUUCUUUGUUUCUUUUCUUCUCAAAAAUCAUCUCUGAGAAAAACCUAAUUCCCCCUUUUCCUCCUUCUCUUCCUCCUCCAAUUUCGAUGCAUUAAUAUUAUUCCUCUCUGUGACUUUCACGCCGGUCUCCGUCACCGUGCCGUCACCGGGAACUACCGCUUUGUUGGUUGUACGCUUAGUCCGUAACUGCCCGCCCGCGCAAAUCAAAAACCAAAUCAAUUCGAAUUUCUUUUUUUUUAUAUAUAUGCUAUCGUGCGCCGGAGGGAUUGGCCAUGGCUGGAGAUGGAACCGUGCCCGCGCAAUCGUCGUCGAUGUCGCUGCCCGCGGGGGGAGGGGCGAGGGCGGCGCCGGCGGAGCCGCAGUACGUGACGGCGAAGACGUCGGUGUGGUGGGACAUCGAGAACUGCCACGUUCCCAAGGGCUGCGAUCCCCACGCCAUCGCCCAGAACAUCAACUCCGCCCUCGUCAAGAUGAAUUACUGCGGAACUGUAUCCAUUUCCGCAUACGGCGACACCAAUCGCAUCCCCGCAUCGGUGCAGCACGCGCUCUCCAGCACCGGCGUGUCGCUCAAUCACGUACCCGCCGGUGUGAAGGAUGCUAGUGACAAGAAGAUUUUGGUUGACAUGUUGUUCUGGGCAGUUGAUAAUCCUGCCCCAGCAAAUUACUUGCUGAUUUCUGGUGAUAGGGAUUUCUCUAACGCACUCCAUCAGUUACGCAUGCGGAGGUAUAAUAUCCUUUUAGCUCAACCCCAAAAAGCUUCAGCCCCACUUGUUGCUGCAGCAAAGAGUGUAUGGCUUUGGACAAGCCUUUUGGCUGGAGGACCCCCACUUAAUAGUCGUGAGUCAUCUCAAUUUGUUAAUGACCACAAUGUUUUCGACCAUGAUAUGUCAAAGAGCCUGCUUUCUGAUUCCAUUCAAGGCAGCCAACCACUAAGUUCAAAUUUUGAAAGCUUUUCUUCGGGAAAUCCAAAGGUUUCCCCCCCUGGAAGGGUUCCUGAUAGUAAAUUCAAAGGAAAACCCAUUCGGAAAAAUCCUAGCCAACCCGCGAUAUCAAGAGCUUCAAGUGUUCCAGUUGGGAUUCAAGAAAGUAGGAACAAUGUUUACACGCAGCAACCAGAAUAUACCCAAAAAAAACAGUUUAAGAAAGCACCUCACGAAUUCUUUGGUGGUAAUGAGUCUCUAGUCUCUGCCAGUAGGUCCACUCCUAGUUUCUUUCCAGGUCGCGAUCCUUCGGGGAGCAAUGGACACGAUGUAAUAGGGAAUUCUCAAAAUCCAUAUUCUCAUCCUUCCAUGCAUAACGGUAUUCCUAUGCAGCCUAUUCUUGCCCCAGAUAAUUUUCUUCCUCCGAGUUCUUAUAACCAUGGGUUUUGCCCUGUGCCUUCCCGAGCUGAUGGUCCUGGAUUUUCUUCAGCCCCAUACACCAAUGUUCCUGACAUUGGUAAAAUAAGCAUUACGGAUUACCCCAACUACUCUCAAAGUCUUAAUCUUCCUCUACAAAUUGGAGAGGAGUUCAGACCAAGUUCUAUGGAGCCCCCAAACUCAUCCAGCUUAACCAUACCACAGAGGGCCUUUUCUCUGCCCACAAGCCAAUCUUCUCAGCUUGAUACCUCAAGCGGUUGGUAUACUGGUGGUCCCGAGCUUCCAUCCUCUUCAUCUGCUAACCCUAUUCCCACUAAUGUUGUAUGGGGAACUCAAGGAUGCCCACUGCCUUCUGAAUAUGUCCAAGGCCUUAUAGGAGUUGUCCUACUUGCCUUGAACACCUUAAAAGUGGAAAAGAUUAUGCCUAUUGAAGCAAACAUCGCCGACUGCAUUCGUUACGGAGACCCAAAACACCGAGGUACUGAUGUAAGGAAGGCCUUGGAUAGUGCAAUUGAGCAAAAUAUGAUAGUGAAGCAGAACUUGGGUACAGUGCAAUUUUAUGUUGGUAAAAAUGACAGGUUAUGGAAGUGUGUUAACCCCAUAGCCGGUAACCCUAAUCAAUACCCAAAAGCUAAAUGGGACGGGAUAGAAAGGUUCUUAUCAUCUGAUGCUGGACAAUUGGCAAUGAAGGCUUCUGAAAGCAAGUAUGAAGCAGCUUUAAUUCUAAGAAAAGCAUGUUUAGAAGAACUGGCUUUGGGGGAAGUACUUCAGAUCUUGAAUAUAUUGGGUGCAGUGAAGAAAUGGAUUCACUACCAUCCAUCAGGAUGGCAACCAGUUACUAUUACACUUGCAGUGGCUAGUCCUGACGUGAGUACUAGCUAUGCUGCUUUGGUUUAAAUAAGGAUCACCAGUUAAUGGUUCCAAGAAGUGGCAUGAAAGCUGAUCUAUACAGAAGCAAGUAAGAAUGCUAAAUUGUCGAAUGUGAGACAUUUUUUUGAGUAAAGAGGCUCACUUCUCAACCAAUCUAAAUACACUAUUUUGUAAAACGGAAGGUUGCCCCCUUUGGUUUCUUCUCCAUUGUUGGCAGCCAUUUCACGUGUAGCGAUUUCUCUUUUAAUUUCCCAGUUUUACAUGUAUAAAGUGGAAGCGUUUAUAGACGGUUUUUCUAGUUCAGAGGCUGGAAUGUGGCUCAAACAGUAAAGUGUCUUAUUUGUUUAUUUUAUCAUUUUUUU